CAUCGCGAGGGCGCCACCAGUCACUCAAACCGGAAGGUGCCCCUAUCGACUUCCGUCCUCCCCGACUCCGCCGGCUUCCCGCGACGUAGUUGGGUGGAAAUUUGUUUCGCUAUUUCGAGUGUGUCGCGUUUCUCGCCGCGCCCGCUAUCGCAUGAGCCGAGAUGUUUUCGCAAGACGUUCCUCCGUUGCCGAAGAAAGGAACGUGCUGCAGCGUCCCCGGCUGCAGCUUGCGUUCGGGCACCAACCUGCUGUCUGCAGUGAGAGCGCACCGCUUUCCGGCAGACCCCGAGCGAAGAGCUUCGUGGCUGCAGGCGAUGAAAAGGGACAACUGGCGUCCGAACAACAACAGCCGUAUUUGUUCCGCGCAUUUCAUUCAAGGAGGCCCAUCAGACGAUCCAGGCCAUCCUGAUUAUUGCCCCUCACUCUUCCCAUUUCGCAAGCCGCGCACAAGCCAGCAGUUGCAACGCUACAAUCGUCAACAGGCAAGAUGCUCAAAACGAGCGGGGGCUGAAGCAAAAGACGCUUCUGUUGACCACGCUCCGACUGAGUCGGAAGACAGCGAAGGUGUGGAACACUGCGAGUCCAGCUCCAAGUGUGACAUGUCUGUUGGUACCAUGCUUACAAUCAAGGACAUUGAGCGUCUUGAGGCUGAGAAUGGCAAGCUAAGAAGUGCCCUUGCUGAAACGCAGAAUCGGCUGGAAGAGACAGACAAGCUCCUCACAGAGUACAAGGCCACAAAUCAGAACUUGAUCGCUGGUUUUAACGGGAAUUCCGCCACACAAGCAGCACUGCACUCGGACACCAGAGUCAAGUUUUACACGGGCAUUGUCAGUGUGCAGAUGUUUCACACACUGCUGUCCUUUAUUUUGAGCUUCUGGCAGCCUGAGCUAACGUCUCUCCAGCCACAGGAACAGCUCGUGCUUGUGCUCAUGAAGCUCAGGCUAGGCUUGUUGAAUGAUGACCUUGCAUGCCGGUUCAGGGUGUCCGCCAAGACUGUGGGUGCUGUGUUUCAUGCCUGGCUGGACAUACUUUCAUGCAACCUUGCAAAGUUAAUUGUAUGGCCCUCACAAAGAGCUGUCCGCCGUAACCGUCCUUGUGCUUUCCGUGAUCCUGUUUUCCGGAAUGUCAUUGGUGUCCUUGACUGUACUGAAAUUUUCAUACAGAAACCAUCCUACAUGCUUGCCAGGAGCCAGACAUACUCAAGGUACAAGCACCACAACACUGUAAAAGUCCUUAUUACUGUGUCACCCAGUGGAGCUGUUACUUUUAUUUCAAGGGCGUGGGGGGGACGGGUGUCAGAUAAGGAGCUAACUUUAAAGUCGGGCCUUUUGAACAUUGUGAGGGAAGGGGACGUCUACCUUGUGGACAGAGGCUUCCGGUGUCAAGAGAUGUUUGCUGCAAAGGGUGCCACCUUGCUGAUCCCCGCCUUCACUAAAGGAAAAAAACAGCUUUCAGGUGCAGAAGUUACCCUUUCUCGCAAGCUGUCUCGUGCACGCAUCCACGUAGAGCGUGCAAUUAGGCGGCUGAAAGUAUUCAGGAUUUUUCAGACGGUCUUGCCAAUCUCUUUUGUAAAGAAGUCUGAUGACGUUGCGAUGUGCACAAUCGACAAGGCCUUGAUUGUCUGUGCUGCCCUAACUAACCUGCAGCUGCCUCUGCUCAAGAAGUAGAUCUUUGCUGAAGCACACUCUAAAAAAAAACUCGUGGGUCUACUUUCCCGCACAACACUUGGAGAGCCAAGGACUGCAACUUGCGACGGCAGCUGAGCGAAUGACGAUGCCGAGACAUGUGUUUAAACCAAAAAACGCAGUUUGAGUUGUGACAUUAAGCAAUGCAAGCGUGAAGUUUUGCAUUAGUAAAUGUCACAACUCGGACUGUGUUUUUUGGUCUAAACGCAUGUUUCGGCAUCAUCAUUCACUGAGCUGCCUCCGUAAAUUGCGAUGAUUGGCUGUCCGAGCGUUGUGCGAGAAAGUAGACCCACGGGCUUUUUUUACAGUGCAUUUCAGGCUUAUUAGUGGCACGACCUUGCUCAGAUGGCACAUGAUUGACUUUAGUGUUACAAGGAAUGGCUGUUGUGCACGCAAACUUGUUAAAGGGAUACUAAACCAAAAUUUAAAUUUCGCAAAAGAAAAAAAAAAAAAGGCCGCAGAAGCGUUUAAAGGGAAGCUCCAAAAUAUCACUCGUACAUCGAUAUCUCGAACGGAUGGCCAUACUUUUUGGAAAAGAAGGGCGCGAUCAAGCGAGGUCUUUGACAUCAUUGUUUCCCCGAGAGAAUUUGAGAAUGAGGGAAAGUGGCCUCGCUUCUCUCGUCGUCGUAACUUGACGUGUUUUGUCGGCUGUGUUCAACCGCGCACUUCCUUUCCAAAGCUAUGGCGAUCCGUUAGAGAUAUGGCUGUAUGGGUGAUGUUUUUGAGUUUUGCAGCGUCCCGCUUAUCUGUCCGGCCUUAUUUUGUGAGCUCAAAAUUUCGGUUCAGUAUUCCUUUAAGGGGCCUUUGGUGUCCCCCCUAACAAAGAGCAUUAAUUUUUUUUUUUUAUAUUAAGCUAGGUAUGUUCUUAGGUUUGAAUGUUUUUGUGUAUGCAAUACUUUUCUUUGCCAUGCUGACCUUCCAACUAGUUUAUUUAAAAGGCCAUGGAAUUAGAUGGGGCUUAAAUGUAUGUUGCCCCGGGGUGACAGUAGUGUUUUGCCAUUCGUGGAUUGCACACAAGCUCUGUGUGACUGCUCUAUUUGAUUACACCAAUGCCUUGGUGGACAUUUAACUUGCAAGCAUCACCAUACAUUGGCAGACUGACCUCAUGCUGUCUAGAUAUCUUUCAUUAUUUAUUUUGAUUGUGCUUGGAAAUAGCCAAACUCUUCAAUCUGUGCACAGCACAUGCCCUGUGCUUUUGCCAACCCCAGCAUGCGGCUAUGAUUAGCAAUUACGUGGCUGCUUCUAUUUCCUGUGAGUUUGGAAAUGUAAUAGUAUUUGUUUUGUUUUUUUAUAUCUUUUUGCAAGUGCUAGUGUACAUAUAUGUCAAGGAAUUGUUCUGAGCAGUAUUUGUGGAAGCAAAAUCACUAUGUCCCCUUUGAGAGAAGGACAUCAUUGUAUUUAGGUCCAGAGUGCUGUGAUCAUGCUUGAACCAUUUUCGUAAAGCAGGUAGCUGCAACAAUAAACUUAAUACAGCAGUCUGAAAGUGUUUAUUUACACUGUGAUA